GGGUUGGGGUGUGGACAACACGUGAGACCUGAGUGAGAGCUCUGGGGAUGCCCUUCUGCUGAAGGAAGCCUGGCAGCAGGUGGGAUGGCCAUGCCACGCGGAGAGUCUGUGAAAUCUCAUCAGAUCAGGAAGACAACCAGAGCUUUGGUGAGAAACUCUCAGUGUGUCUGCCUGGACGAUUUGUCACAAGGAACAAUGCUGCCCCGAUGGGAACUGUCUUUUUACCUGUUUGCUUCACUAGGCUUCCACUUAUAUUCUUUCUAUGAAGUUUACAAAGCUUCCAGAGAACAUGAAGAGGAGCUGGAUCGACAGUUUGCCCUGGAGAUUGGCACUUUAUUUGGAGGAUUAAAGAAGGACCCGACCGACUUUGAGUGGAACUUCUGGAUGGAAUGGGGCAAACAGCGGCUGGUGCAGUUUCUGUUUGGCCACGUGGCUGUGUCUCAGCUGGCCAACAUGCUUGCAAGGAAGCACAGACCCUGGAUCCUGGGGGCUUAUGGAAUAUGGGCCUCCUGGUGUGUGCUGGGGGCCCACGGCACGGCCAUUAUUUUUCUCCACACCCUCAUCUCCUUCUGUGUAGCGCAGUUCCAGUCGCUGGUCCUCACAUGGCUCUGUUCUCUCCUCCUGCUCUCCACACUGAGGCUGCAAGAUGUGGAGGAAGUUAAGAGAGGCUGGUACCAGACAGAAAACGAGUACUACUUGCUGAAGUUCACGCUGACCGUGCGCUGCCUCUACUACACCAGCUUCAGCCUGGAGUUCUGCUGGCAGGAGAUGCCCACCGGGAGCAGCUUCUACUCCUUUCCCUGGCUGGUGGCCUAUGUCUUCUAUUACCCCGUCUUCCACAAUGGGCCCAUCCUCAGCUUCCCGGAGUUCAUCGCAAAGAUGCAGCAGCAAGAGGACUGCUCGCUGAAGUCCAACCUUUCCGCCUUUGCCGUGGGGCUGGCUCGCCUCCUCUGCUAUUGGUGGUUGGCUGAGCUGAUGGUUCACCUCAUGUACAUGCACGCUCUCUAUGGCAGUGCCUCCCUCCUGAGGGCUGUCUCUUGUUGGACCUUAGGAGGACUGGCGUUGGCCCACGUGCUCUUCUUCUAUCUGAAGUACUUGGUGCUCUUCGGUGUCCCAGCUCUGCUCAUGCGCCUGGAUGGACUCACGCCGCCGCCCCUACCUCGCUGUGUGAGCACCAUGUUCAGUUUCACUGGCAUGUGGAGGUAUUUUGAUGUUGGACUGCAUGAUUUCUUAAUCAGGGUGCUGCCAGGAGGCUGUGCUCCUAGCUCUCCAGAUUCUACCAACCCAAGGUAUGUGUACAUUCCAGUAGGCGGGUCCCAGCAUGGCCUGCUGGGGACACUGUUUUCCACCGCAGUGACGUUUGCGUUUGUGAGCUUCUGGCAUGGCGGCUAUGACUACCUCUGGUGCUGGGCGGCCCUCAACUGGCUGGGAGUCACCGUGGAGAACGCAGUCCAGAGGCUUGUGCAGACCCCGUGCGUCCAGGACAGCGUGGUCCAGUUCCUCUCCCCGCGAGCCCGCCGCCGAUUCCACGCCGCCCUGGCAUCCUGUUCCACCUCCAUGCUGAUCCUGUCCAACCUAGUGUUUCUCGGGGGCAGUCAAGUGGGGAAGAUCUACUGGAACAGGAUCUUCAUACAAGGCUGGCCGUAUGUGACCCUCUCUGCCCUGGGAUUCCUCUACUGCUACUCCCACGUGGGCAUCGCCUGGGCCCAGACCUACUCAGUGGACUAAUGCUGCCCAGCCUGCACCAGCCCUUCCUGCUGGCCUCCACGGCAAAUGGUGCUUCACCCUGACCUCGCACACCAGGAUGACCUCCAAGGAACCAGUGCUUCAUCUGCCCAUCUUUUGUUGAAGUUACCUCACUCCAAGACUGGAAGCUUGAGCUCUCAUAGAAAAUUGACAACCAGUGAGGCUUCUAACUUUGGGGACGCAGAGCUCAUCUCCCCCAGCCCCAUCAUUUUCCUGUUGAGUAAGCAGGGGUCCAGAGCAGUAUUAUCUUGCCCAGCUGCACAUGGUGACAUUGUGGUCUAGAACCCAGUCCCCGGGGGCCCUUCAGGUUCUUUCUCCUUUACCAAGAAUUAAAUGCAAUAGACAUUUGUCAAUUGGAGCACAGAAGUCCUGAUUAGUGAUAAGAGCUGUCCUCCACUGGCCCUAUUUCUGAAAUAUUUUGCUAACAUUUAAGUGACCUCUUCCCCAUGUCCUGCAGUGUGGUGUCUAGAGCCAGCACUGGGGUCUGAGCUUCCCACUUCAGCUCCCUAGCAGGGAGGAGACAAAGCCACAGUCAAGUUUCUAAUUGCCCAGUCAAAGAAGAUACAACCUGUCCUAUAGUGUUCCAAGGGGCCAGUACCUAAGGAGAUCUGUUAUUGGAACACCAUCACCAUGAUCGACAUUUGGAUGCUUGUUCCCUAGAUUUGCAGGGAAGUAUAAACAUGGCAGUUCCUCUACCAGAUAGUUAAUCUUCAUUUCUCAAUAAAGCAGCAAAAUUAAGAAACCAUGAGCUAGCACGUCCACAGACAGGUGCUAUCAGGCAAGUGACAAAGGGUAGGGAUGGUUUCCUGGGGUCUUUUCUCCUCUCCACACAAGGAAGCCCCCAGCUUCCUGCUUACUGGUGUACACUCAGUGGUUUACAUUGUUUUGUUUCAAAUAAAAUGGAGCCUUUUCUGUCACACUGAUAA